GGCAGGGCUGGGCUGGGCUGGGCUCCGCUGGGCUCGGCACGGCUCGGUUCGGCACGGCGGGGCUCGGUUCGGCUCGGAAGGGUUCGGUUCGGUUCGGCAGGCACCACGGUCCCCGGAGCCGCAGGGAUGGCACCCACGGGGACCGAGGCCACCCCGGCCCGCCGGUGAGGUGUCCCCCACCCCCUCCUGAGCCCCGAGCCCAGACCAAGGAUGAACAAACUGAGCUUCCACAACAACCGAGUCAUGCAGGACCGACGCAGCGUCUGCAUCUUCCUCCCCAACGACGAUUCUCUCAACAUCAUCAUCAACGUGAAGAUUCUGUGCCACGAGUUACUGGUGCAGGUGUGUGACCUCCUGAGGCUGAAGGACUGUCACCUCUUCGGGCUCAGCGUCAUCCAGAACAAUGAGCACGUCUACAUGGACCUGGCCCAGAAACUCUACAAGUACUGCCCCAAGGAGUGGAAGAAGGAGGCCAGCAAGGUCAGCGGUGAGGUCUUGCAUGGAGAGCUGACAGCAGUAAGGCCACCUCUGUCCCCGUCCCAGGGGAUCGACCAGUUUGGCCCCCCCAUGAUCAUCCACUUCCGAGUGCAGUACUACGUGGAGAAUGGACGGCUCAUCAGUGACCGGACAGCCCGGUACUAUUACUACUGGCACCUCAGGAAGCAGGUGCUGCAUUCCCAGUGUGUCCUGCGGGAAGAGGUUUACUUCCUCCUGACUGCAUUCGCCCUCCAGGCAGACCUGGGAGACUUCAAAAGAAACAAACACUACGGGAAGUACUUCGAGCCAGAAGCCUAUUUCCCCUCCUGGGUGGUUGCCAAGAGGGGAAAGGAUUACAUCCUGAAGCACGUCCCAAACAUGCACAAGGAUCAGUUUGCUCUGACAGCCUCUGAAGCCCAUCUCAAGUACAUCAAGGAGGCCAUCAGGCUGGACGACGUGGCUGUGCACUACUACAGGUUGUACAAGGACAAAAGGGAGGUGGAAGCAUCCCUGACACUGGGGCUGACGACACGGGGCAUCCAGAUCUUCCAGAAUUUGGAUGAAGAAAAGCAGCUGCUCUAUGACUUCCCCUGGACAAACGUGGGGAAACUGGUGUUUGUGGGGAAGAAGUUUGAGAUCCUGCCAGACGGGCUGCCCUCAGCCAGGAAGCUCAUUUACUACACGGGCUGUCCCCUGCGCUCCCGUCACCUCCUGCAGCUGCUGAGCAGCAGCCACCGGCUCUACAUGAACCUGCAGCCCGUGCUGCGCCAGGUCCGCAAGCUGGAGGAGAACGAGGAGAAGAAGCAGUACCGGGAGUCCUACAUCAGUGACACCUUGGACCUGGACAUGGAGCAGCUGGAGAAGCGGUCGCGGGCCAGCGGCAGCAGCGCCGGCAGCAUCCGGCACAAGCGCCUUUCCCGGCAUUCCACCACCAGCCACGGCAGCUCCCACACCUCAGGCAUCGAGGCUGACCCCAAAGCCAGGGAGAUGGGACCUGAGGAUGGCUUCUCAGCUGCCAGCACCCACCGUAAGCUGAAGACCUGCAGCUCCAUGACCAGCCACGGCAGCUCCCACACCUCCGGGGUGGAGAGUGGGGGGAAGGACCGGCUGGAGGAGGACUCCCAGGAUGAUGAAAUCGAGAUGCUGGUGGAUGACCCCCGGGAGCUGGAGCAGGCUGGGGAGCUGGAGGUGAGCCCUGAGAUGUGUGUCUACAUCACUGAGGACAUGCUGCUCUCACGCAAGUUCAACGGGCACUCAGGGCUCAUAGUGAAGGAGAUCAGCUCCUCCACCUCCAGCUCCUCGGAGACGGUGGUGAAGCUGCGAGGGCAGAGCACCGACUCCUUACCCCAGACAACGUGCAGGAAACCAAAGACCUCGACAGACAGGCACAGCCUGAGCCUGGAUGACAUUCGGCUCUACCAGAAGGACUUCUUGCAGCUUGCCAACCUCUGCCAGGACACAGCCCAGAGCUACACCUUUGGCUGUGCCCAUGGCCUGGAGGAAGAGGAGCUCUACUGCAAUGGCUGCUUGGCCCAGCAGUGCAUCAACAUCCAGGAGACCUUCCCAGUUAAAAGAACCAGCAAAUACUUCUCCUUGGAUCUCACCCACGACGAAGUCCCCGAGUUCGUCGUCUGAGUGCUGCGGGGGUGGGGAAAGGUUGGGGCUUCCCCCAAAGCAUUGGGGGCUGUCACCAUCACCUUCUCCCCCCGUCCCACACCACUCCAAAAAAACAAACAAAAAAACAAAUGAGACCAUGGAAACCACGGCGCUGGGAGGAUGGUCCUGACAGCAGGUGGGAUGGAUGGAUGGAUGGAGACCCCCUCAGCAUGGUGGGCUCACACCGGUGGUCCCCCAGCAUCCUUUCUCCUCUGGAUGAGUUUGUGCAAAGCACAAGUUGUCUUGUGUCCCCACAGAAGCUGGGGGGAGAGCCAGAUGUUGGAGCUAGCAGAAGCCAACCCGUGUUUUCUCACUGCCUUGUGGCCAAGUGGCCACUUCUGCUCCUUGCCCCCAUGCCCAGCGCUGCCGGCGGCUCCGGUUUGGUGGCUCGGUGGCAACUGGUGGCUUGGUGGCAAGUGACACUGCCGAAGAGAAAAGUGCCAGACUGUUGUGUUCAGAGUCAAAGCCAAAGAAAUGUAAAUAAAUACCCUGGAGGCCAGUAGGGGAAAAGGGAGAAUUAAGCAAUAAGAAGCCAGGGAGCUUCGGGUGAGGGGGAUGUUUCCUGGAGGAAGGCACGGCCAGCAGCUCCUGGGGCAGAGCAUCAUCCCACUUCUUCCAAAAAACAUGGCCAGGGCCAUCCCAGAGAGGUGGCUGGAGCCAUUUGCAGCUUGGUUUUAUUCUUUUUUUUAUUAUUUUUGAGGAAAAAAACCCAACCAAAAAAAAACCAAACCCAACCCACAAAUAAGAAGACAAGACAACCCACCCAGGAUAAAGAAAAGCAAAGGAGGUUGGAGGAAAAAAAAAAAGUCACCUGGAAGGCAAUACUGCAUCCAAGCUUGAAUAUCUAGAGGUUACAUACAUAAAUAUCUUGAGGGAUGGAUAUUUAUGUAUGUCUGGAUCUCACAGACCCAUUUGCAUUUUACUUCUGCUCCAAAAUGCCUUUUACACCCAGGAUCUGCCUCUCAUCUUUAACCAAGCCCAGCAACCACCCUCUUCUUUUUUCUUUUUGGAAGCACUAAGGUGAGCAAAGAGACUUUGGAGAAGAAUCCACGUGCCACCAGGUUGGGAGGGGGACAUUGGAUUUUUCCAAGGCUUUUCCUGCAUCUUUUAAACCUCUUCCGGUUGGAAUAGUUCUGCUAAAAGGAUGAUGGUGGCAAAAAUCAAACCAAGAAACAAACCAACUUCAGAGUGUGUGUCCUGCCCAGGUGGAGUAUUGACCAGCAGGUUUGGAGGGUAAAAAAGUUACAGCAGCAAAUACUCACAGCACAAAUGCCUUUUUAGUCAAUAUUUUUAAUUAAUUAAGAGUUUAGAGAUUUGACAGCCAAAGGUUUGCCAUGUUUUGAUACACCACCUUUUUUUUUAAAAAAAAAAAAACAGAUAAGAAAAAAAAAAAAACCCUGGAAACUUUUCUUAACAAAGAAAAAAUGUAUAAAGAAGCACAAUCUUAUUUUUAUAAGAAGUGUUGGGGGAGGGAAUGGAGAAAGGGGAGCUGGUAUCAAAGGGAAAAUGAAUGUGGAGCUCUUUAGCACAGUGCAAAGGAAAAAAAAAAAGGGGGUUUUAUUGGAAUAGGGGAGCUGGCAGGGGAAAGCAUCAGGAUCACAGUGCUCCAUUUCCCUGGCACAAUGGAAAAAGUAUGGAAAAAUGAUAAAAUAAUGUAGAGAGCCAAAUGCUGGCAGGGGGAGCAGGAGGUUGGUGACCCCUAAAGCUUCUUGAUCUCCCCCAAAGCUGCCCCAGAGGGAUGCUUGGGAGGUGAGGGGGGGAUCAGGGCUAUGUGCCCUGUUCUGGUGUGGGGGGAUGGCAGCAAACACCCCAAAAUUUCUCCUGUGGGGACAUCCAGGGGGGGAUGCUGAGGUGUGCUAGUGGCAGCCCCACUCCAAGCCCCCCAUCCACGUGUCUGUGGCAUGCAGGGGGUUGGUGUGUGCCCCAGCAGUGUGCUGGAAAAUCCCUUAAAUUCAUCCCCAAGAUUAUUUUGGUCCCUGACCCUCCCCACCUGAGUGUCCCCCAUGGCCCCCUCGCCUGCUGCUCCACGGAAACACCAAGUUGGAAGGAGAAAAAACAGGGAAAAUGUGUAAAGAAAUGCUGGAUGCUGUCCAGAAAGCAAUAGGAGGGAGGGUGGAAGGGCAGCAAGACCAAAGUCCCCCCACCCCAUUAUCCCACAGCUCAGACUGGAGCAUCCUGGGGUUGGGAAUGAUGCUGAGGACUCCCCUGUAGGGAAGAGGGAGAGGAGCAGGGAG